AUGUCGACCGCGACUUCUCCUCAAACUCCUCCUCAACAGCUCAGAGAGCGAAGACCUUCUCCCGUUGACAAGCUUGACCCAGCUUUCGAACCCACCACACCAGACAAAGAGGAGAGCUCUUUCAAUAAACUCGCCGGGAUCAAGAACAUCAAACCCACAUUUGAACCUUCAGAUCGACAUAUCCCUGACAACUAUGUCACUUACACCCUUGAACACCAAAAGUCUCUUCCACCGUAUACAUGGAAAACCUUAUUCCAGAAUAUCCAGUGGAUCUCUUUCUUGGCGUUGACCCUCACACCGACAAUCGCCAUCUACGGCAUCUUCACUACUUCUUGGAACAGCAAGACCGCUAUUUGGAGUGUUGUCUACUAUUUCUUCACCGGUCUCGGUAUCACAGCUGGUUACCACAGAUUGUGGGCUCAUCGUUCAUAUAACGCUUCUGUUCCCCUUCAGUUCGUGUUAGCGCUUGCUGGUGCUGGUGCAGUCGAAGGCUCCAUCAAAUGGUGGUCGAGAGGUCACCGAGCUCAUCACCGAUACACCGACACUAAAUUGGAUCCUUACUCUGCCCAUGAAGGUUUCUGGCAUGCUCACGUUGGGUGGAUGCUUGUCGCACCUCGAACAAAGAUCGGUUCCGCCGAUGUUUCCGAUUUAUCUAGAAACAAGGUCGUUAGAUGGCAACACAAGAACUUUGUUCCCUUGCUUUUCCUUAUGGGUUUCAUCGUCCCUACCGUUGUUGCUGGCCUCGGUUGGGGAGAUUGGUGGGGUGGAUUCUUUUUCGCUGGAGCUGCUAGAUUAUGUUUCGUUCAUCAUUCUACUUUCUGUGUCAACUCUCUUGCACACUGGCUUGGUGAACAACCAUUUGACAACAAGCACACUCCUCGAGACCACUUCAUUACCGCUCUCUGCACUGUUGGUGAAGGUUACCACAAUUUCCACCAUCAAUUCCCCAUGGAUUUCCGAAAUGCUAUCAAAUGGUACCAAUACGACCCAACCAAAUGGUUCAUCUGGACUAUGUCUCAAUUCAAACUCGCCUCUCACCUUAAGCGAUUCCCUGACAACGAAAUCAAGAAAGGUCAGUACACCAUGAAGCUUCAACAACUACAAGAACAGGCCGAGCAACUCAAGUGGCCUCAAUCGUCAAACCAACUUCCCGUGAUCAGCUGGGACGAUUUCAAGAUUGAAUCUCAAGAGCGAGCUUUGAUUGCUGUUCACGGUUUCAUCCACGAUUGUUCAUCCUUCAUCGAGGAUCACCCAGGUGGUGCUCACUUGAUCAAGAGAGCCAUCGGUACCGACGCUACUACUGCCUUCUUCGGUGGUGUAUACGACCACUCCAAUGCCGCCCAUAACUUACUCGCCAUGAUGCGUGUUGGUAUCCUUGACGGUGGAAUGGAAGUUGAAUCAUUGAAGUCAAGACCUGCCGAAUCAGUUGCUUCAUCAGCUACCAAUUCACCUGUAUCUUCCGCUUCCGCUUCGUCAGUUGAUAUUCAAUCUUUGGCUGAUCAAGACGAGGACCACCGAUUACAUCAAACUCAACUCAACUCACAAGGUCCGGUACCUAAAGCUCCUUUCGGUCAACCUCAAGCUGUUCAAGCUGACCGAUGGACUUUAUCCGUUCCUCCAAGUGAAAGAUACCGAAUCGUCUCUACCGUUCCAGAUGUCAGACCUGGAUUGUUGGGUCGAUCACAUUCUCUUGAAAAAAUCACUAGAGCAGAUUCAAGGGGCGAAACUGCAGUAUUGAUUGGUGAGAAAGCUUGA